CAAAUAAAUCGCGAUAUUUUGCGUCAUACUUCAGAAAAACCGUUUCCACAAAGUCGCUAAAAAAUGUAUAUUAUGCUGUUCAGAUAGAGUUUUCUCUGUACGUUACUCAGUUGUCUAUUGUAGGUAUAACUUAACGGUGUUAUUCAGAAUCAGAAACAUUCGUUCGUCCAUUAUUGCAAGAUGGAAAAAAUCACCAUUUUCUUUAUAGCUGCUAUCAUCAUGGAAAUUUCGCUGGUCACACAAGGUCGUCCAGGUCCAGUUGGAGAACAACCGAACGAUUCGUUAUAUCCAUGUGUCGACGAAUAUCCGCCAGCAUAUCCACCACCACCAGGUCCAUAUCCACCACAAGUCGCAAUUGGUGUACCAAUGUACCCAGAAGGUCCAUAUCCACCACAAGUCGUACCUGGUGUACCAGUGAUGUAUCCCCCUCAAGGUAGUCUAUCCAAUUUGGUACCAGCUCAACAAUCGGGUCGUAGUCUAUCCGAUAUGGUACCAACUCAUGCACCGGGUGGUUUUUAUCCAAUUCAUCAUCUGGAAGGUCCGCAAGAUUAUCCACCACCAACAGAUAGUCUAUCCGAUAUGGUACCAACUCAUGCACCGGGUGGUAAGUAUUAUCUUGCGAUUAUAGGCACGUUAUAA